UCCUCUUUCUUCUCACUAGCUGAGCUGCCAGUAGUAGCUAGAGAGAUCCAUCAAUUACUUGGUUAAUUAAUACUUGGUUAUUGCUGCUUGGGAUCUUUAGUUGCUAUGGCAGAGUUGUUGUCGAUAGUAUUAUGGUUUUUCGUCUUACUUGUUUGUUUUAUCAUUUCUAGAGUUGCAUAUGUAACCAUCUCAUGUUAUUGUUUAAACCCGAGACGUAUUAAAAAGAUCAUGGAGAAACAAGGUGUUCAUGGUCCUAAACCAAAGUUUCUUGUCGGAAAUCUCGCUGACGUGUCCUCCUUCGUCUCCAAAGCUACUGCUAAUGAUAUGGAAUCCAUUCAUGAUCAUAAUACCGUUCCUCGCCUUCUACCACAUUUCCUUCACUGGUCUAAAGAAUACGGUAAAAGAUUUAUAUACUGGGUAGGAAGUGAACCAAGGAUGUGUUUAACAGAUAUGGAGAUGAUAAAAGAAUUACUUUCAUCAAAAUACAGUAAAGUUACAGGGAAAUCAUGGUUACAAAGACAAGGGUGUAAACAUUUUAUUGGUCGAGGUUUGUUAAUGGCGAAUGGAGAAGACUGGUACCACCAAAGACAUAUAGUCGCCCCAGCUUUCAUGGCUGAUAAACUUAAGUGUCAUGUGGGAUACAUGUUGGAGUGCACUAAAAGAAUGAUCCAAUCACUGCAACAAGUCGUAGUCGAAUCAUCGACAAAUGACAACGUUGAGAUCGACAUUGGUGACUAUAUGAGUCGACUCACUGGUGAUAUUAUAUCAAGGACGGAGUUCGACAGUAGUUAUGAUAAAGGAAAACGCAUAUUUCAUCUUCUAACAUCUUUGCAGCAUCUUUGUGCUCAAUCAAGCCGGCAUUUAUGCCUUCCUGGUAGCCGAUUCUUUCCAAGCAAAUUCAAUAGAGAGAUUAAAUCAUUGAAAAUGGAAGUAGAGAGAUUACUAAUGGAGAUAAUUCAAAGUAGAAAAGAUUGCGUAGACAUCGGUCGGAGUACGUCUUAUGGAAAUGACUUAUUAGGAAUGUUACUAGCUGAAACUCAAAAAAAGAGAGUACAAAACGGAAACGGAUUCAGUUUCAAUCUACAAUUACUCAUGGAUGAAUGUAAAACAUUCUUUUUCACCGGGCAUGAGACAACCGCACUACUUCUAACAUGGACUGUAAUGCUUCUUGCUACCAACCCCUCUUGGCAAGAUAAAGUUCGUGCCGAAGUUUUGCAAGUUUUAAACAAUGAAGACCCCUCUCCUGAAAAGCUUUCCAAGCUAACCUUGUUAAAUAUGGUGAUCAUGGAGUCUCUCAGGCUGUACCCACCAGCAUCACUUCUCCCUCGGAUGGUUUUUGAAGAUAUCAAAUUGGGUGACUUAGAAAUUCCUAAAGGAUUAUCAAUUUGGAUACCUGUUCUUGCCAUCCAUCAUAGUAAAGAAUUAUGGGGUGAGGAUGCAAAUGAAUUCAAGCCAGAAAGAUUCGCAGGGAAAGCAUUUGCACCGGGACGACAUUUCAUGCCUUUCUCAACUGGACCACGCAACUGUGUCGGUCAGGCAUUUGCAAUGAUGGAAGCUAAGAUUAUAUUGUCUAUGUUAAUAUCAAAAUUUAGCUUCAAAAUUUCGGAUAAUUAUCGACAUGCCCCGGUUAUCGUCCUCACGCUUAAACCAAAAUAUGGGGUUCAAGUCUACUUGACACCCCUUGCCCAAUGAUUAUGAGAUCGUACGUAUAUGAGUUUCUUGAGUUUUGAUUGUUUUGUUGAGAAUAGAGAGGAUGUUGAGGCUUUAUUUUUUGUUUUUAUUAUUCUGAAGAGUCAUAUAAAGAAUAUAUAUAUAUAUAUAUAUAUAUAUAUAUAUAUAUGUUUAAUAAUGCUUGUAAUACAAAAUCAUUGAUAAAAAGAAACAGUAAUUGAGUGA